CGCAUUUUCGAUGUCAGUUCUGCUUCCAGUGCAAUCCACGUGCUUUUGUUUACCAACAAAUCCUGCUGGGAGAAGCGGCUGGCUCACGACCUCAUCACCUCUUCCAAUUUAUGAAGAUAGCUGCCGUGCACCUCUGAAAUUUGUUGUCUGGAAGCUGUUAACAUCAAGAAGCAAGAGUGUAUAGAAAGGCAGAAAGACCAAGAGGAAGAUACCUGGCAAGAGGGGUGGUUGGCAGACAGGAAGAGGAGGUGCUGAGGCAGGAUGAGCAAUAUUGACAUCAAGGAUGUUGUUGCUCACAUCAAAAAAGAAUUUAUAAUUCCACCGGAACCACGUGAAACAAAGGCAGAGGCAAAGGAUGAGGAUGACAAGGCUUCUGCCACAGAACCAGAACAGGACAAAACUUCAGAGCCACCACGCAAGAAGCAGAAACUUACAGGCACCCACAAGAACCGGCCCAAGCUAGUGAAGGCUCCAAGGAGUUCCAAGCUCUGCCGUGCUUUGUGGUGCCUUGAGAAGGGGGAUGAGACGUCCUCCUGCUCCUAUCCCAAGUGUGACUUCAUGCAUGACAUCUCAGCAUUCUUGAGUGCUAAACCAUCAGAUCUUGGGCCGGAGUGCCAUAACUUCCGCACUUAUGGAAGGUGUCACUAUGGCCUGGUGUGCCGGUUUGGGGGUGACCACAUUGAAGGAGAAAGGAAUAAAGUGGAGCAGCGACCCAAUGGAGUGACUGGUCCUGCCACCAGCAACACUCUCAAGAAGGAGGUCCAGCACCUCUUGAGGAAACGGCAGUAUGACUUCACUAAGGCAAAGGAAGCCAACCGUAAGGCCCAGAGUGAGGUAGCCAAAAAUGCUGACAAAGCUAAGAAUUCUGAAAAGACCACUGGUACUCCUGAUAGCACUACCACUGUCCCAGCCACUGCCAUUGACAACAGUGAUACGCAAGCUAACAUAGUCACAGGAACACCAACCACUGACGCCACAGCUGAUGUUUCUGCUCCCCCUUCCACCACAGACAGUGAAUCUCAGGACCAGUCAUUAAAUGCUGACAAAAACACUGAAACUACACCUUCUCAGUCUGGCCCAGAGGACAUCAUGACACCUGUAGAAAAUGGAGAAAAGUGUGACACAAAGGUUGUCAUUAAGAAUGGGGAGAAGACAGCCUGUGAGGGUAAUGGGCAGACACAUCAUCUUGGCCCAGCUUCAGAUGAGGACCUUGUGAAGCCAACUGCAGGAGAGAGAAGGAAGAAAACAAUUGACUGGCGAGGGAAGACUUACCUGGCACCCCUCACCACCCUGGGCAACCUGCCAUUCCGGCGCAUCUGCAAGAAAUUUGGGGCUGACAUUACCUGUGGAGAGAUGGCCCUUGCUGCCAACCUGCUUCAGGGCUUCCCCAGUGAGUGGGCACUGGUCAAGAGACACGCCUCUGAGGAUUGCUUUGGCAUACAGCUGUGUGGAAGCAAUGCAGAGACCAUGGUCAAGUGUGCCCAGCUGCUGGAUGAGAAUGCUGACUUUGACUUUAUGGACAUCAACAUGGGGUGUCCUAUUGAUCUUAUUUACAAACAGGGUGGGGGCAGUGCCUUGAUGCGCCGCCAGGGAUGUCUGGAGCAGAUGGUGAGGGGCAUGACACAGGUGUUGAGCCGGCCACUGACUCUCAAGAUGCGCACAGCUGUGUACCGUGACACCAAGGUGGCUCACAACCUGGUCCAGCGCGCCAAGCUGUGGGACAUCUCUAUGGUGACGAUUCAUGGCCGGUCAAAGGAGCAGCGGUACCUCAAACUGGCUGACUGGGAUUAUGUGGGACAAUGUGCAGUGGCAGCCCAGCCCAUGCCUCUCUUUGGUAAUGGGGACGUGCUCUCCUAUGAGGACUAUAAUGCCUGCCUCAACAAUACUGGGGUGGCAGGUAUAAUGAUUGCCCGAGGCGCCCUCAUCAAGCCGUGGGUGUUCCAGGAGAUCAAGGAGCAGCGUCACUGGGAUAUCAGCUCCUCAGAGAGGCUAGACAUGCUGCGGGACUUCACCAACUUUGGCCUGGAGCACUGGGGCAGUGACAAUGAGGGUGUGGAGAAGACUCGAAGGUUCCUGCUGGAAUGGCUGUCGUUCCUGCACCGCUAUGUCCCAGUUGGCCUUCUGGAGAGCACCCAAAAAAUCAAUCAGCAACCACCUGCCUUCAGGGGGAGGGACGACCUUGAGACACUGAUGGCCUCACGCAGUGUUAAUGAUUGGAUCAAGAUCAGUGAGAUGCUCCUGGGAUCAGUACCAGCUGACUUUGCAUUCCUGCCCAAACAUAAGGCCAAUGCAUACUAGUGGGCAGUGCACAGUGUCAGACUGUUGGGAGUGGCAGCACCUCAACUGCUGACCAUGAGAGAGCAGCAGCUACAGCAUGAUGAUGGGCAUCACCACCUAGCUCCAUCAGUCAUGACAAGUGCUUCCCUUCUGUAUUAGGGUCCUAUAUUAUUUUUUAUCAUUUAUCAACUAUUUUAAACUGAGGAUGAGGUCAACAGAAAUCACUGUGUGGAACAAUUAGUUGUGUGUACCUAAAGAAACAAUUAUCCCAAGACUUUUGUUGUUGUAUAUAUACCUUCAUUUCCAUCCUCAGAUUUUAAUUGCACUGAUGCACAUUGUAAUGGUAUUAUUGAUCCAAGAAAUAUUUGUUAACUGAAAGAGAAAUCAGUCUUUUAAGAGA